AUGGUGAAUCUCGUCGACCGAACGACGACGACGACGACGACGACGCCGACGAGCAGCUUCCAGCAGCAGCAAUCGUUUCCCUCGACCGUCCAGUCGGCGGCGGAGUCGGCCGUCGCCGAAAAUCGGUUCCCACUGUUUCUCGACCAAGCUGGACCAAGCAGCGCGAACGUUCCGUACGGCCGGAACCGCAAUCACCACCACCACGACGACGACGACGACAGCGAUUGUGACGAGGUGAUCGCGAAGAAGGUGGCCAAGUAUUCGCCCACGUUCGGUGCUGGCACUGAUCCAACAGCUAACUUCGACAGCAUACCGGAACACCCGCGAACCGGCGGCAGUAGCACCGAUAGCACCGAUCUGGCCGUACUGAACGGAACCGGAACCGGCGGGGUCAAAGUUUAUCUGCACCAAUCGACACAAUCCGGGCCACCGGCAGCCGAAUCACCGAUCGUCGAGAACGGCUUCGAGCUCACGAAUCACGAAAUGUCGACCACCGUGGCAGCCGUGACGGCAGCCGCUAAUAAAGCUGUCGCGGCCCUCAUGCAGUACCGACAGCAGCAGCAACAGCAACAACAGCAGCAAUCACAGCAACCACCGUCAACAAAUCAGAUGGUCCAGGGGAUGGGACCGUUUCCGGGCACUCCCGCGUUCCCGCCCGGUGCCGCACAGUCCGUUAACACAGACAGCCUGUCGGUGCAAGUUGUCAAGGGAUCCAGCGGACCGGGUGGCGGUGGCGGUGCUGGCGGCGGUGGUGGAGGCGGCGGAGCAGUAGGCCUGGACCAGCAUUCCCUCAGCACGCUCAAGCAACAGCAGGAACAGCUCAACCAGCAGCAGCAACAGCACGCAGCCGUCGCCGCGGCUGCGGCCGCCGCCGCACAGAUCAACGCCGCCGCCGCCGCACAGACGCAAUCGUUGCGAAAUUCCGUGAGUCAAUUUAGCCCACAGUCAGUAUUGGGUGCCCCGCCAGCAACGUCGAUACCGGUGUCGAUGCCCCUGUCCCUGCCCUCGACGCUGGUCAGUGGCGCGGGGGUCACCAAUGGAGCCGCCGUGGCUGCCGCAGCCGGGAUGGCUGCGGCCACGGCAGCCGCAGCCGCCGCAGCCAUGAGCGCCAACGGUGGCUCACCAGGCGCCUCCACCAACGGCUGCAGUGGCGCGAACAGCAACGGCGGCAUGGGAAGCCCCACCGGUAACGGUGGCACGGGAAAUGAGCCACAGACUGUUAGCAUUUCCGAGCUAAUGCAGCAAUCGGAGGACGCAUCCAACGUAACAAGUGCCAACACAGACGCCGGCAACGGCAUAAACAACAGCAGCAACAACGGCACCAGUAACGCCGUCUCCGCGGCCAUUGCAGCAGCAGUCAAUUCGAUAAGCAACAGCAGCGGCACCAAUGUGGCCAACACGAGCAAUAGCAACAUGAACGGUGGUGUCACUGCCGCCGGCAUGGUCGUGUCGGCAGUUGGCUCUGUGCCCGGAGGCACCACGACCGUGGUCUCGGCCAUUCCUCCCACCGUAACGUCGUCGGCGUCGGCCGUGGCACUCGCUCAACAUCAUCACCAGCAGCAGCAGACAUCACUGAUACAGGCGCAACUACAGCAGCAACAGCAACAGCAGCAGCAGCAGCAACAACAACAACAGCUAAAUGGUCAGCCAGUGAGUCAGCAGCAGCAGCAGACGCAGAGUGUGGCGGCGGCGGUGGCCGCUGUAACGGCGCUGGCCGAAUCAAAGUCUCAACCCAAGCGACUACACGUCUCGAACAUACCCUUCCGCUUUCGUGAUCCCGAUCUGCGAUCAAUGUUUGGCCAAUACGGCACCAUUCUGGACGUGGAGAUCAUCUUCAAUGAGCGAGGCAGCAAGGGAUUCGGGUUUGUUACCUUCGCUAAUAGUAGCGAGGCGGAGCGAGCACGCGAACGUCUUCACGGCACUGUGGUUGAGGGACGCAAAAUUGAGGUCAAUAAUGCAACCGCACGAGUUCAAAGUAAAAAAGCUCCUGCUGUGUCAAGCGUGUUUCUGACGAAACAAGGCGCAGUCUCGGCCCCGUCACUGGCCGCCGUGUGUGUUCCGUGGCCCGAAGGUUACCGUCUACCGCUCGCCACGUGGCCCUGGUUAGGGGCGGCCACCGCCGCCACCACCGUCGGAGCAACACCCACGGGAGCACUAGCCGCUGCCACUCCAUCGGCCGCUCAUGCUGCAGCAGCCGCAGCUCACGCUGCAGCAGCCUCCUCGAAUCAAGCCGCCGCAGCGGCGGCCGCCACGCAACUUCCCGCCGCCACGUCACCCAUUCUCAUAGCGCAGGCCGCCCAGCGAGCCGCAGCGGCCGCGCAGAGAAGAAGUGUUUACUUCGAUCCCUACCUGGCAGCGGCUGCGGCUUCGGCCGCCGAUCCCAACUAUCGUCUGCAGGCGGCUAAACCGGUGACGGAAGUUCAAGCGCAGCCUACCAUUUUGAACGCGGCAGCUCCACUGCUCAAAACCCCGCUGUCCCAGGCACAGGCGGCUCAGGUUUAUUCGGCCGCCAGCUACACGGCCGCCGCAGCCCGGGCGUAUGGUGCUGCAGCUGUUGCGGCCCAGCCAACCGUUGCCGGGUACACGGCCGUCGCAGGAUACGGAAGAGAGUACGCCGACCCGUACCUAGGACAUGGUAUCGGACCAGUACCCGGCUACGGGGCCACCAUGUACCGAGGAGGUUACAACCGUUUUGCGCCAUACUAG